CAAUAGUUUCAAGGCCGUUAUUCAGUUUAUCUGAAUGAUAUUAGUCUUUUUUUCUUCAGACAGAACACAAGAAAUCCAAUAAACAGCAAGAUGGGGAGCCGAGACAGAGCUGCCGAACAGAUGAAUGAGUUCAAGAAGCAACAGACGAAUCCGGAAGUGAUGACUACUGGAACAGGCGCUCCUAUAGGGAGCAAAACGUCCACUUUGACCGUUGGACCCCGUGGCCCGGCUCUUCUUCAAGAUUUUGUCUUCACAGAUGAGAUGGCUCAUUUUAAUCGUGAGAGAAUACCAGAGAGAGUUGUCCAUGCCAAGGGAUCAGGUGCUUUUGGAUAUUUUGAAGUAACUCAUGAUAUUACCAAGUAUUGUAAAGCUAAAAUAUUUGAAAAAGUUGGAAAACGUACCCCAUGUGCUGUCAGGUUUUCAACUGUAGGUGGUGAGAAGGGAUCUGCCGACACAGCCAGAGAUCCAAGAGGAUUUGCUAUGAAAUUUUACACGGAAGAGGGCAACUGGGAUUUAGUUGGAAAUAAUACCCCCAUCUUCUUUAUCAGAGAUCCUAUACUGUUUCCCAGUUUUAUUCACACACAAAAGAGAAACCCUGCUACAAAUUUAAAGGAUGCUGAUAUGUUUUGGGAUUUCAUCACCUUGAGACCAGAAACUUCCCAUCAAGUGUCUUUCUUGUUUUCUGAUCGAGGAACCCCUGAUGGUUACAGACACAUGAAUGGAUACGGAAGUCACACCUUUAAACUCAUCAACAACAAAAACGAGGGAAUUUACUGUAAAUUCCAUUUCAAGACUGAUCAGGGUAUUAAAAAUUUCUUUGGUGAUAAAGCUGGAGAACUAGCAGGAACUGAUCCAGACUACGCUCAAAGGGAUCUUUAUAAUGCUAUCAGAGAUGGGAACUUCCCAUCAUGGUCAGUCAAAGUACAGAUUAUGACUUAUGAUCAAGCUGAAAAAUUUAGAUGGAAUCCGUUUGAUCUAACAAAGAUAUGGCCACAGAGUGAGUUCCCCUUGCAUCCUGUUGGUAAAAUGGUGUUAAACAGAAAUCCUAAAAAUUAUUUUGCUGAAGUUGAACAAAUUGCGUUUUCACCAGCUCACAUGGUACCAGGUAUUGAAGCCAGUCCAGAUAAAAUGUUACAGGGUCGAUUAUUUUCCUAUUCGGACACCCACAGACAUCGUUUAGGUAGCAACUAUCUACAGAUUCCAGUCAAUUGUCCUUAUAAUACCAAAAUACGUAAUUACCAGCGAGAUGGACCACAAUGUGUAGAUGAUAACCAAGGUAAUGCUCCCAACUACUUCCCAAACAGUUUCAAUGGACCUUUAGACAAUCCCAAACAACUGGAAUGCCCCUUUAAAAUAUCUGGAGAUUGUCAGAGAUACAAUACUGCUGAUGAUGAUAAUUUCUCACAAGUUGGAACAUUCUGGAGAAAGGUUUUAAAGCCCGAAGAAAGAACUCGUUUGAUUGAAAACAUGGCUGGACAUCUGAAAGAUGCUCAAGAGUUCAUCCAAAAACGAGCUGUCGAAAAUUACAGUAAAGCCGAUGCUGAUUAUGGAAAACGUCUACAGGAAGCUUUGAGUACCUAUAAGAAGAAAAGUCAGGAUGGUGUACCUGCCAAUUUGUAAACAGAGAGACAGAAUACCAACAACUGCAAUGGUUCCUUGAGGAAAAGUGCAUCAGUUCCAAUCAUUGAUGAAAUUUUUAACAAAUUUAAAAAAUAAUUUGUGAUCUUUUCUUGCUUGCUCAAAUAUUAAGCCAUGUAUAGAGAGAUAGAGUGAGUUUAUUUCCUGUCAACAAGAAUUAUGAUUAUAAUGCACUUAGUUUCUUCUUAUUGAAAAUGAUUUUACCAAAAUAUUUAUAAAUUUCAUUUGUUCUAAUCAGAUUUGAUGAAAAUAUUUGAAAAAUCAUAAUAUUUAUUUAUUUUGUUUUUGAGAAAUAUAUGUUGGUUAGUGCUACAAAUUAUUAAGCUUGUGGGUUACAUAGCUCUGAUCCUCUAGCCAACUUAGUUCAGAGAAAGAAUAUAACUUUUUGAACUGGGUUUUAGUCCCUGCCUCUCUCUCAUCAGCCCUGACAGACUUUAAAAAUUCAUACCGGAAUGUGUGUACUUUUCAUUCCACGGACUAAAAAAAUCAAAAAAUACUGAUCAAUGCAUUUCUUAAUUGAAGCUAAUCAUAUACAUUCUCCAUAGGCUGAUUUUCUCUAAGAUGCAAUUAUUUUGCUGGGAUUUUUGUGGGGGAGGCUUCCCAACCCUGCACCCCCUCCUUGAAUAUAUUGGCACCGCCACUGAACGGUAAGUUCAAAUCUACUGGAUCAUUAAUUUCAUAUAAAAGAGAGUAAUAUAAUAUGUGUUUUGAGAAAUAAUUACAUGGAAUUUGAAACAAGAUUCGUGAUCUGGCAGUGGUGUAAAUAUUUUUAAUAAGGUAUUAAAUGACAUGAACCUAAUUGUCUGGAAGUUGUGAAACUAGAGAUAAAUUUUGAAAAGUUUGAACAAUUUUCCUGCCCUACAUAUAUUAUUAAUUUUAGCACAAAUCUAAAAUUUUCUUGAUUCUGAUUGAAACACCCCUCUAAAUUUGAAACAGGUAGUGUUUAUCCCCUUAAUAUAUAUUUACCAAUACUCUAUAUAAAAACCUUCAGAAAUUCAACAAUUUCUCAUCACUUAAUGUCUUUAUUUUUGGGAAUAUGUUGAUUAUAUACAGUUAAAAAAUGAGGGGCAUUUGGUGACAAGGUGUGGUCUUUUCGAGUCAAUUGGCGUGGUUUCAAUUCCCAGUUUGUACGUGACAAGAAGUAAGGUUGUCUGUACAACCUCAUGGAUUUGCACCAAGUCUUCUGGUUUCCUCCCACUACUAAAGACACCUACGUGCAAGCAAAUUAUUUAAAUAAAAUUAAACCAUCUGUUAGUCCCGAAAUGAUCUAGUUUGUGUCAAGUAGAUAUUAAACCCCAUUUCCAAACAGCCUACCUGCUUAAAGGGUUCAUUUCAGACUAAAAGGACCAUGUAUUGUGGCCAGAAUAGCUGAACAAGAAAGAAAUUGUUAAAUUCUUUAAUAAUGUUUUUGAUUAAUGUUUAAGUGUUGUGUGAUAUUUUUACCUGUAUCCACUGUGUAAUUCAGGGAAAAAUUGUGUAUGAUUGAUGAAAAUGAUGUUUUGUUUAAUUGAGAUUUGUGCAAUGAAUAUAAUUUGUAAAAUAUGUAAAAUAAUUGACAGUAUUGUUACGAAUAUUUAGUAUAUAUUAUAUACAUGGAUAUUGUUGAAAUGAUGACAAUGGUAAAUAUAUUAAAAGUAAUAUACAAAACACUGUGGAAUAUAAUACAAGAUUGUGACAUUGAAAUUGAAGAUCAAUCCAUGAUGAAAUAAAAUAAGUAAAAUCUUUA